UGCUAAAUACACUUGACUUUGAUCGGUAUCUGAAUUGCGGAAUCUCGCAGAGAGCAAAACCCCACUUUGUUCAUCGCCCAAAUCCCCCAAUUCAAUUCAAUUCAAUUCAAUUCAAUUUCUUCAAUAAGUUCACCUUCCGAUUCUCGGCAUACACCUUUGCUCUCCGCAGAGAAUUUAUUGCAGGAAAAGUAUGGAUGGCAACAAAGAUGAAGCAUUGAAGUGUUUGAACAUCGCCAAGAACUCAAUUCUAUCCGGCGACAGAGAUCGCGCCCUAAAAUUCCUCAAUAAAGCCCGUAGGCUUGACCCGUCUAUCCAAAUCGACGAAUUUCUCUCCAAUCUCAGCGAUUCACCGCCGGAGGAGAAAAGCCCUAAUUCACCCACCGACGAAAGCCCUCCUGAUCCAUCGAAAACUGGCCCCCGCCGUAGGGCUCCGGCCGCCGCGCGAUCGACGUCGUCUUCUUCCACCGCAUCGGCGACCUAUACUGAGGAGCAGGUGACAAUUGUCAGAGAUAUUAAGAGGAAGAAGGAUUACUACGAAAUUUUAGGGGUGGAGAAAAGUUGCUCAGGUGAGGAUGUUCGGAAGGCGUAUAGGAAGCUCUCUUUGAAGGUCCAUCCUGAUAAGAACACGGCGCCAGGGGCGGAGGAGGCGUUCAAGAUGGUUUCCAAGGCAUUUCAGUGCUUGAGCGAUGAGGAGAGCCGUAAGAAAUAUGACGUCAUGGGAUCGGAUGAGCCGGUCUACGAGAGGAGAGGCGGAGGGGGUGGUCACGGGAUGCGUGGCUUUAACGGGUUUUAUGAAGCCGACGUUGAUGCGGAUGAGAUUUUUAGGAAUUUCUUCUUCGGGGGAAUGCAUCCUGCAACGACUGGGAAUUUCGGAGGAUUUGCGUUUGGACCAGGUGUGAGAGUGAGAACUGGUGGAGCUGGAGUUGGAGUUGAUCAUAGCCCUAAUUGGGUGAGAACUGUGGUGCAGUUGCUGCCGGUGAUACUCAUAUUGUUAGUGAACUUCAUGCCUUCAUCGGAGCCGGCUUACUCCCUCUCUCGGACUAACUACCAUGAUGUUAGGUUCACUACACCGAAGGGGGUGAACUAUUUUGCCAACUCUGGGAAAUUCGAGCAGCAGUAUCCGGCUAAUAGUCACGAACGCGUUGCAAUUGAGCAAUGGGUUGAGGACGAUUACCAUAAUUCCUUAGUGCAAAACUGCAGAGUUGAGUGGCAGCAGCUUCAUUGGGGAUAUAGGCGGGAGACGCCAAAUUGUGAUGCAUUGAGGCGCUUUGAGGCUAUGGCUCAGUGAAGCAUUGAGGCGGAUGUGGCCACUGUUAAAUGAUUAAAGAUUAACGAGAAUCGGUAUAAUUUGCGUGUAUUCGUGAUUAAUUAGUGGAACCAGAGAAUCUGGAGUUUGCUGUGGCAAACAGAGAUUUAUAUGAAUCCUUUAUCCUACAUAACAGAGGAGGAUGCUCCAACUCCAACACCAUAUAUUUUUUUGUAAUUCGACAUUUUAAUCUUACUAUAUUAUACCAAAUGUCUAUUGAACUUUUGUGUAGUUGCUACUUGUUAGUAUUAUAUUCCUGCUUUCAGCCUUUUGUAUUCUUUCACAUAUAAACAUGGUUUUGCAAUCUGAUUCCUUUCUUUGCGUGCGA